UAACAGACACUUCAGUACAUCGGAUACCACCGGCGAAUGUGCACUAGCAUCGAGUAUCACCUGGAGUGUUCUCACGUUAACUCAAGAGGAAACAUCUUUUUUUGAAAAUUCCUCGCUUAAUCCUCCUGCAAACGUCGAAUCGACAUAAUUUUUCUUUUAUAAAAAUGAUUAAAAAUUUUGGAGAUAAUAGAGAACAAAUUGAAGCAUCGACUGUCCCGAUAUAAUCUCACGUAAACUUGAAAGAACUUUUAAAGUUAGAGCGAAUUGAGAAAAAUUGAGUUCUUUCACAGGAUUUCUUUCUCUAACGAAAAUUGUUUAAAUUCUGUGAAGUAAAUAGAGGAUCACUCAAGUGUUCUCACGUUAACUUUCCGGGGCAGAAUUUGAAUUGAAAUUGAUUUUUAAAAUUCUUAUAAUAAUUGUUAUUUGGAUGUUGAUUGAUUCACGUCUCUCAUUAAAAUGGAAAUGAUUAAAAAAUCGUGAGGGAAGUAGCGAAUUGUCUCUGGAGAGGCACGCAGUACCGUCAGGAGGGAGAUAGCCGGAUGAUGAUUUUGGUGGCAUUGAAGAAGGUGGAAUGAAGAAUCACGGGGAUGAGGGUGGUAAACCCGAGGCACCGUCAAUCGGGCAAGUAAUCAGCCCGUCUACGCCCAAACCCCGUGGCUUACACUGGCCAAAUAAACACAUUUGUCCUUCACCCAAGGAGCCCGAAGGGAGUAAGGCAAUAGGGUAUCAGACAGCGUUGUUAUUUCAACAUCAAUUCAACCCUAUGGAAGUCAAUGCCGACUGUAACUCCCCAGCAAUGUGAUUUCGGAGUUAUUGCAGCUGUUUGAGAUAUCAGACGUGAGGGGGAGAAUAAUCAACAGUGGUGGAUUGGAAAAGCAUGUGUAGGACGUUUCGGGGUGGUGAGACAGUUGCAAUUGUUUUUGGUAUUUUUGUUGGAUUUUUUGUGGUCAUUGGUGACACUGGAGUGAGGGAAUACAGUGAGUGGGGCCUGCUGGAGGCGUGCAAUGUCAGCGCCGACGGGAGGGAAAUUGUGUGCCGGGGUGCUGGAUUAACCAGCGUCCAACAGGCCAUUGGAACAAUUUGGAGUGCUAGGGCCAAUGAUAUUACGAAGAUAGAUCUUAGUAACAACAACAUUACCUACAUUCCACCUAAGGCUUUUCAACAUGUACCAAAUAUUGAAAUUAUUUUUUUUCGAAGAAACCACAUGGACAGCAUUGACAGUAGUGCAUUUAGGAAUUUAUCGAAUCUACGUGUUUUGGAGCUGGAUGACAAUUAUCUCACAGAGAUACCCGAGGCUACAGCAUACAUCGAAAAACUCGAAGAUUUAUCGAUAUCAAACAACAAAAUCCAGACAAUUGGGGCCAAUGCAUUCAGGAGUAACAAGAAUCUCGUGUCCCUCGACCUGCGUGGCAAUCCCAUCAAGAAAAUUCAUGAGGAUACAUUCAAAAACCAUUCACGACUGCGUAAACUAAUAAUCUCGAAUGUACGAGGUCUCGUUGACUUUCCAAAUCUCAAUGGAACGGGUGCACUUGAAGUUUUGAGACUUGAUCGUGCGUCUCUCCAAACAGUGCCCGAUGAAAUAUGUAAACAAUGCCCGAGGCUGAAGAGUCUGGAUUUGAAGUCAAAUUACCUGACGAGUAUUCCAAAUUUAACUGAGUGCACAGACUUGAGGGUUUUGGAUUUAGCAACCAACAUGAUUACUUCCCUCUCCCACCAGUCCUUCUCCACCCUCCACUACCUCCACGAUCUCCUCCUACCCUACAACAAGAUCAAGACCCUCCCCCAGGACGCAUUCACUGGUCUAGGCCGUCUCCAACUUCUAGAUCUCGAGGGCAAUUUGAUCGAAUUCAUUCAUCCAGACGUGUUUCAUCCCAUCAACCAGCUCGAGGACUUGAACUUGGGUAAUAAUGUCUUUCCGGCACUCCCUACAAAGGGUCUCGCCAGUAUUCUUCAUCUCAAGACCUUCAAUAAUCCGGCACUCAGGGAAUUCCCGAAGCCUGAACACUUUCCAAGGGUACAAACAAUGGUGUUAUCUUACGCCUAUCACUGCUGUUCGUUCCUGUCGGAUGAACUUGAUGAGGAGGUGACGAAAUCAUCGGUUGAAGAGUCUGUUGUAUUUCCCGAUGACAAUGACCUUGAGUUGGGUCUCUGGAAUUCUAAUGUCACAUACGUGUGGCCUCAAUUACAUAAUAUGUCAAAAUUUGGUUCAGAGGUAAAGAAACUCUGGGACAAUUACGAUGCAGACUUUGCGUAUCCCGGGAAUAUAGCAGCCUACGUCGAGGAUUACUUUGAGGAUCAAGAGGGAAGGGUGAGCGCACCCUCAGGACCCACCCUGCCAACUCACGUGCAAUGUCUCCCCCAGCCUGGCGCAUUCUUACCAUGCCAAGACCUGUUUGAUUGGUGGACGCUGAGAUGCGGGGUCUGGGUAGUAUUUCUGAUGGCAAUGCUGGGAAAUGGCACUGUUGUCUUCGUGAUUGUAUUCUCGAGGAGUAAACUCGAUGUUCCUAGAUUUCUGGUUUGUAAUCUCGCUGCUGCGGAUUUCUUCAUGGGGAUUUAUUUGGGUUUCCUAGCAGUAGUAGACGCCUCGACUCUCGGUGAAUUUCGUAAAUACGCGAUACCAUGGCAGAUGUCAGUGGGCUGUCAGAUUGCCGGAUUUCUAGGUGUCCUAAGUUCCGAAUUGAGUGUCUACACCCUAGCAGUGAUAACCCUCGAGCGAAACUACGCAAUAACUCACGCAAUGCAUCUGAACAAGCGUCUCUCCCUGAAGCACGCAACCUACAUAAUGAUAGUGGGUUGGGGUUUUGCCUUCUCAAUGGCAACUCUCCCCCUCUUCGGUAUCUCCGAUUACCGAAAAUUUGCAAUAUGCUUGCCAUUCGAGACAAAUGGGCUUGCCUCAUUAGCAUACGUUGUAUUCCUCAUGCUCAUAAAUGGCGUUGCCUUUCUGAUUCUCAUGGGCUGCUAUCUCAAGAUGUACUGUGCCAUACGCGGCUCACAGGCAUGGAAUUCCAACGACUCGAGAAUAGCCAAACGCAUGGCACUACUAGUCUUCACUGAUUUUUUAUGCUGGUCACCAAUAGCCUUUUUCUCCCUAACAGCAUCAUUUGGUCUUCAACUGGUUACCCUAGAGCAGGCGAAAGUAUUUGCUGUUUUUAUUCUACCUUUGAACUCGUGUUGCAAUCCAUUUCUCUAUGCCAUACUGACGAAACAAUUUAAGAAAGACUGUGUUUUAAUUUGCAAAGCCCUUGAAGAAUCGAGAGUCACUCGUGGAAUUGGUAGAUGUAGGCAUUCAUCGAAUUUUAGUAAUCGUCCAACACCAGCCAACACCAACAGCCUUGUCGACAGAUCAUCCAGGGAGAAUCCGCCCCAGUGUGCCUGCAAUACUCGAUUAUUAGAGAUUGCAGAGAUUCAGCAGAAGCAGAAUAAACGAGCGUCAUCCAUGUCGUCGAGUGAGAAUUACUCAUCAUCGAGGUCUGACUCUUGGAGGCAGGCGCAUCACUGUGGCAUACCACUGAGGAUACUCGAUCCCAAGAGAAGAGCAUCCUCCUGGCUCAUCACCAGGAAGACAUCUCAAGAUUCUAAUUUAAGUUCUUCCAGGAAUGACUCGUCGGGCUCUGGCACUACUGCGAGCACGAGCACCUGGAGAAUGUCCAGGUCCAGUGCUUCAUUGGAGUUCAAUACCAGGACUACACCCAGGUCAAAACCCAGGUUGAUCAGGCAAUUUGCUAUUCAGGAGCCUGAACCACCUGGCAGUCCCAGUAGACUGGCUGUUAGGCUUUUGGCUACUAUUCCUUCCGCUGCUGAGAUGAGUGAGCAGCAGGAGGAGGAGAGCAAUGCUGAUAAAGAGUGCGGAGGUGGGGAGGGAGGGUAA